UCACCCCCAAUCAGAAGUUAGCACUGCCAUGUCAAUAAACACGUGUGACGUUGUUUCGCGUUCACAUCUCCAGGAGCAGGGGAAAAGAGUUAAUAUCGCUCCCGAGAUGGUUGCCUGCGCUUACGCGAGCCGCGUGGCAGAAAUACAAGCGCCCGGCAAUUUCAAGAAGAAGAGAAAAGGAAGAUCGUCCGAAAAAGAAGACGUAACACCGGAGGAAAGGCGUGAAUUCGUGGUGAUACAUGGUGAUGGUGCAGUCAUGUGUCCGCCGGUGAAAAGACGAAGAUCGUUCAGGCACCGAGAACGAAACACGGAAUCCACGCUGACCGAUUCAGGCUUUCAAGAAUACCCUUUAACACCCUCCCCAGUUUCCACCCCGGGAUUGACACAUCGGUGCCGAUUGUCGUCAGUCUGGCACAACUUCCAGGAUUAUGAGGAGUGCUACAACAUCCAGAAAAGUAAUGAAGUUAAUUUUUUACCUACAAAUUAUUUGUCUCGCCAGCCUCAGGUGACGGCGGAGGCGCGGUGCAGGCUGGUCAGCUGGUUGAUCCCCGUCCACAGGUACUUCAGGUUGUCCUUCGAGACCUGCUGCCUCACGGUCAAUAUCAUGGAUCGCUUCCUCUCCACCACGCCUGUAGCAUCCGACUGCUUUCAGCUGCUGGGGGUUACAUGCCUUCUGAUCGCUAGCAAACUGGUCGAGGUGAGCUCACCUCAGAUAAAACAGCUUUUAGCUCUCUGCUGCAAUGCUUUCACUAAAAACCAAAUGUGCAAUCUAGAGUGCAUUAUCCUAAUCAGACUCAAUUUCCGUCUGUCUGCCCCCACACUGGACUUCUUUCUUGAUCACUGUAUAAAUCGCCGGCUGGCAGGUUCCUGUAAGGCAGAGGCAGACCCUGCUGGUGUAAGUCAAGGCAGGAAGGAAACAAGAAGAGGAAGCAUCAAAGCUGCUGGGUGUGAAAUGUCAAAUAUAUGCCACAAAGGUACAGUAGAGGACUUAGAAACUCAGUAUCCAUCAAAUAUACAGGGGCAGUCCGGGAUGUCAGUCAUUAUGAGCACAGGUACGAGAGAGGAGGAUGGGAAUGCGUACUGCACAAACACAGGUCCACGAGAAAAGGUUGGGAACCCAUGCCCCACAGGGACAAGAGAGGAGGUGGCAAUACCAAGCCACAACAUUUAUGGGAAGAGUAAAAUUCUGGCACAAACAAUAUGUGAGCUCAGUUUGGCUGACUACACCUUCAUCAAGUACCCCCCUUCAUUGUUGGCUCAGUGUGCUGUGAGCCUAGCAGAGAGUUUGUUGGACAUGGAGCCCUCGGGGGACAUUCAGUCUGGUGAAAACAGUGUAGAUCCUGCCCUGAGCAAGGAAUGCGCUGACAAUCUGAGACUGCUGGUGUCCCUCAACCAAGAAGUGCUGCAAUCCACGGCUCAACUGUGACACACAAGAAGAUCUCUUUGGAAAUGGUCCUUCGUUGUUCUAUGUACAAGUCAUGCUAAUUUAUUUACAAGCUGUCUAUAUUGUAUGGAUAUAUUUCUCAGAAAUGUACUGUAGAGAACAUAGUUGUUCUCAUUUGAUUUAUCGGAAGUAUUAUUGGGGGAACAUUCUCUAGCUUGUUGUAAAUUGAUUGACUAUUAUUUGUGACUAGCAUUCACUGUUGUUUAUAGCAGUCUGGAGAAGAGGCUACCUCACAAAAUAGCUUGUGAUUUAUGUUUAAACUGAACAAAUGUGAAACAG